UAGACUCAUUUUUUCAAAUACUCAACUAAAUAAAAAUUAUAGUGAUACACUAUUGGUUUUGUCAUAAUUAAUUGAUAAUUAUUAAUUUUACGACCAAUUUCAGCCAACCGCGUAUAGUUCGUGUUUUCAAGCAUUGACUUUAUGUUUCAUCGUCUUAACUUAAUGUCCAACGAGUACACUAUGUUCUCAUUGAUACAACACAACAAUUAAUUACUGAUCACAAUAUGAAUACUACACGGUUUUAAUAAUAAAAUAAAUUAUUUAUUUUAUUAUCGGUGAUUAUCGUGAAAUGGCCGGCAAAACGCCAUCCGAAAAAAGACUCCAUAAAGAAUUGAUAUCGCUUGUUAAAGAACCUCCUCCAGGAAUGGUUGUAGAUGCUGAUCAAGCCGAACAGAACCUCAAUAUUUGGACUAUAAACAUGCAAGGCGCAGAAGGUACUUUAUAUGAUGGUGAACAGUUUCAGUUGCAGUUCAAAUUUGGUACCAGUUAUCCUUUUGAGUCACCUGAAGUUACAUUUGUGGGCCAAAACAUUCCAGUUCAUCCACAUGUGUAUAGUAAUGGGCAUAUUUGUUUAUCUAUUCUUACUGAUGACUGGUCACCAGCUUUAUCAGUUCAAUCUGUCUGUCUUUCAAUUAUUUCUAUGCUAAGCAGCUGCAAAGAAAAGAAAAGACCGCCAGACAAUAGUUUUUAUGUAAAAACUUGCAACAAAAAUCCUAAAAAAACAAAAUGGUGGUAUCAUGAUGACAAAGUUUGAAGCCUUGAACAUCCAUUAUUUUAUCUUUUCACUAUAAUAUAUUCUCAUUUAGUGAAAACUGUGAUCUUAUGUUUAUUGCAAUUAAAUGUACUCACUUUAACAAAAUCAUUAAUUAGAUCCAGAUCCUGUAAAAUGUACAUUUGUUUAUUAUAAAUAAAUAUGAUUACCUUUCAA